GAUUCCCUCCCUGCUGCUCCAGGGCGAGGAGCUCAGCGAGGCCAACGUGCGGCUCAGCCUCCUGGAGAAGAAGCUGGACAGCGCAUCCAAGGACGCAGAUGAUCGUGUGGAAAAGAUCCAGACGAAGCUGGAUGAGACCCAGACACUGCUCAAAAAGAAGGAGAAGGAGUUUGAGGAGACCAUGGAUGCCCUCCAGGCCGACAUCGACCAGCUGGAGUCGGAGAAGGUGGAGCUGAAGCAGCGGCUCAACAACCAGUCCAAGAGGACGAUCGAGGGGCUCCGGGGGGGUCCGGCCUCGGGCGUCGCCUCCAUCGUGUCCGGCAUCGCCGGGGAGGAACAGCAGCGAGGUGUGGGUGCCGGGCAGGUGCCGGGGGGCGGCUCCGGCCCCGUGCAGGUGAAGGACUCCCCGCUGCUGCUGCAGCAGAUCGACGCCCUGCAGCUCUCCCUGAAGCACCUCAAGAACGAGAACAACAUGCUCAAGGGUGCCCAGAUGAAGAUGGAUCUGGCCAGCCUGGCCCCGCUGCAGGUGCCGCGGGUGGCCCUGCCCCGGGAGCGCCCCGGGGAGGGGCUGCCCACCCAGACCCUGUUCCGCAAGACCACCCAGCUCCUGGAGACCCUGUACCAGCUCAGCGCCAACGCCAAGGUGCUGGACAUGAGGCACAACAAGUCCACCCGCAGUUCCUCGGCCCGGCUCCUGGAGCAGACAGCUCGGCUCUGCGCCCUCAAGAACACCAUCGACGCCCUGAAGGUGAGGAGGGGCCUUCCCCAGGGUGGGGGGGCCCGGUGGCACCCCCUGCCCAGCCCCCCCCCUGGGCCCCCAGGCUGGGUGGGAGGGGGUGGUCACAUCUCAGGGCAGCCCCGUGGCUGGGCCUGGGGGCUUCUCAGUGCUGCCCCUUCCCGUUCCCAUCCCAAAACA